AGCUGUCCUAUGACCCUGGAGAAUUAAGUGCCCUUAGGAGUUUGGGGGAGGAGGGAUCAGAGUGGGUUAGGUACGAUGAAGGGACAUUUCAUUAACAAGGGUAAUCUUUGGGCCUUAAAGGACAGGCAAAUCUGGGUAAACAGCGAUAGAUAAGGGCAUUCCAGGAGGGGAACAGUGUGCACAGAGACACGGAGACGGGAGCAUGGAUGGAGAAAUUGGGGGACAGCAAGUUAUGUACCAGUCUGGAUGGGGCCAAGGGUUGGUGUAGGGGGCAGGAUCUACCCCCUUACUGAGCACCUACCUCGCGCCAGGCAUUUUAAAAAAUAACUUUCCCGAUUCUGAAAGUAACACGUUUGAUAUAGGAAGUUUAGAAAAAUAGUUUUUCUAUAUAAAGAAACAUUUUAAUGAAGUUGCUCUAUUCUUUCAUCCAGAGAUAAGUGGUUAACCAUGGUGUAUUUCCGUCAUUUCUGAGAUCUUUAUCAUUCUUCUGGCAACAGCUUUGUUUGGGUUCAUAGAUUCAGUAGCCCCUCUUAUCCCUCGGAGGAUAUUAAUCAUACUUUGAAAAACAUUUCAUUCUGGUGACUUUAUUGAUUUUGUUUUCCAGCUAGAACUUCUGUUCUCUAAUUCGGUGCUUCUUUGGUUGCUUUGGUUUUUGUCAAACGUUUGGUAAGUCUUGCUUGUGUUUCUUCUCCCUUUGUAUUUUCAGGGUUUUCAGUCACCUCUGUGUGAAACCUGAUUCCGUGCUCUAGAGCCAGCUGCCCCUGGUUGUGGACAGGAGGGUGGGAUGUGUCUGCUGGGAAUGCAGGAGCCGUCUACGUGUCCCCUUGCCUCCCUACCCUAACGUCCCGGCAGGAGCCUGGGUGGAGAGGUGGGGCAGGAGCCCGCUUGCCUGGCUCCUCCAAAGCCUAUGACCAACCACUCAGGGCCUCUCCUGGACCCCUAAUCUCUCCAAACUUGGACCCUGCAGAGCCACUCCUCUGACUGAGUGUAGAAUCCUCAGCCACACUGCUGGGGUUCAAAUCCUAGCCCUGGCACUUACUAGCACUAUGACCUUGGGAAAGCUGUGUAACUCUGGGUCUUAUCUGUAAAGCAGGGAAAAUAAUAGUCUGUAUUUCAAAGGAUUUUUGUGAAGGUUAAAUGAGAUAAUAUGUGCUUAGAACAGCGUCUGGCACAUAUAUGUGCUGUAUGAGUGUCAUUAUUAUUUUUAUUCCAUGGUUUUAUUUUGGGGGGUUGUGGUUUCUGUAUCUGUUUAUUCUCAUUUGCUUCCAUCUUCAGGGAGCCCAUAUAAUUGCCUCGUUUUCUGGUGCUGUAAUGGAUUUAUUCUUCUUAGAAAAUGUCUUUUCUGUCAUUUUCUAAGACUUGGGGGAUUCAGGCAUUCGCCCCUGGUCUGCCGUCUUGAUAUAGUCAUACAUUUCCUUCAAGUUCUUUUUCUGUGAGCCUGUAUGAGUGUGUUAUUGUUAUCUGUAAUACAUACAUGAAGGCAUCCGUUGCCAUCUGUGUCCACUCACCCAGGAGCCUGGCCCAGGGCAGGACUCGCCACCUGGUCUAGGUUCCCGGAUGCUGACUCUGUCCUGUGCAGGCCUGGGAGGUGAUGAGUUCUCUUCUCGGCCUUCCUCAGGCUGGUCUGAGGCGUCCUGAUGAAUGUAAUGGGUCCUCUGCUUCCUUCGUCAAAAGGAAUGUUAAUUGUUUUCAGCAGUCUAAUUACGUGCCUAAUGAGAGCCUGACUGAGAUAACAUUCCCUUUAAUUACUCUUGCCUAAGUGCUGUUUGGAGCCAUAUUUGAGAGUGUUGCAAGGCUCGGUACUUUCACAGUAGAUGAAGCUGUCUGGCGAGAGGCUGAGUGAGGGGCCAGGGUUGCUGGGCUUAAGGCCCACGGUGGAAGGGCCUGCUGCAGUCAGUGCCCAGCCCGGUGUAUGCUGGCCUUUCCUCUGGGCCAUUACUUAAAGGAAAGGGACAGUCAGAUUGGGUCAUGUAUGGAGCAAACAGCACCCAUCACGGCUCCCCCAGAACAACUCAUUUCUCAGUCUUCCCCCCAACCCACCUGCCCUUCAAGCUCCUCUUGGCCAGGCCCCUCGCUCUUGGAGGACCUGCCCCCGUGCCUUUCCCUCCAUUCAACACUUGGAUUUUGAGUCCCUACCGUAUGCCAAGUUUUAUCCAGGACAUGAGGAUGCAAAGGGACAAAUGGAAGCCACCCAUCCACUAGCCGAGGAUCAGCUGAGCCCUGGGGCUGAUGCUUGCCCACACUGUUGAGAAUGGCACCGAGGCCCAGCCAGGCACCGGGACAAAGGUUAACCCGGGACACUCCUGGACGGUGAUCCUGAUGUCUGUUCGGAGCCGCGCACUCAAGGGUGUGAUAACCAGCCCCAGUCAGCGCCAUGGCUUCCGCCGAGCCCCUGACGGCGCUGUCCCGCUGGUACCUGUACGCCAUCCAUGGCUACUUCUGCGAGGUGAUGUUCACGGCGGCCUGGGAAUUCGUGGUGAACUUUAACUGGAAGUUCCCGGGGGUCACGAGCGUGUGGGCGCUCUUCAUCUACGGCACGUCCAUCCUCAUCGUGGAGCGCAUGUACCUGCGCCUGCGCGGCCGCUGCCCGCUGCUGGUGCGCUGCCUCAUCUACACGCUCUGGACCUACCUGUGGGAGUUCACCACCGGCUUCAUCCUGCGCCAGUUCAACGCCUGCCCCUGGGACUACUCCCAGUUCGACUUUGACUUCAUGGGCCUCAUCACCCUGGAGUACGCCGUGCCCUGGUUCUGCGGGGCCCUCAUCAUGGAGCAGUUCAUCAUUCGCAACACCCUCCGCCUCCGCUUCGACAAGAACGCCGAGCCCGGGGAGCCCAGCGGCCCCCUGGCCCUGGCCAACGGCCACGUCAAGACUGACUGAGCUGGGGGAGGGGGGUGGGCUGGGAGGCUCUCAUGGAUCCUGCGGACAAGGGUACCAAGCUGGUAGGGUUGCCCCCUCUGUACAGCACAAGCCCUGCCCCGUAGGGCACACGGAGCCCCCGUGCCCCACCCCCCGCCACCGUGGGCGGGCGUUGGGGGCGUGGUCAGGCGUUGGGGGCGGGGUGUGGAGGCGGCAGGGGCACUUCGGGUAGGGUCUGUGGAUCUCAGCCCAGCUCAGGGGCGGGAGGCCUGUGGCUACACAGGGACGGGACUACGUGGGUGACUUUGGAAGCAGCAGGCCCUGUCCUGACUAAGGGACACAGAGUGGAGCAGAAGGUGGGAGGCAAAGCCUGAGGAGGCUUUGGGCUGCUGCGGGGGCCACCUGCCUCCCUCUCACCUGGUUUAGUUGGGCUUCAGCUGGUUCCAUUAGGCAAUAUUCAGGUGCUUGCUUGCAACCAAUACCUCCCCCAGGGGCCUGCUGAGCUGCAGCCUAAGAAGAGACUGGGCAGCCAGGAGGCUGCUGGGCAGGAGUGCUGGUCUGCAAGGGCUGGGAGGUCUUCCCUUGGCUCCUUUCCCCUCCCCCAGGGUCCCACGCUGAUCCCUUGGCCUUCGGGGGCUCCCCCCCUGGUGCUGGAUUCCCACCAACCUUGGGCUUUUGGAGGUUUCAAUCCCUGUGUGUUCGGCAGCAUUUCCCCCUUUUCUCCUAUUUUCAAAGCCUUUACCACUAGCAGCCCCUUUAUCCAUGUAAGCACCCCACCUGCCCCACCCACAACUCCCUAGGCAACACAGCAGCUGCCAGAGAUAGAGCCCUGAGCAGACCCCUCCCACCCUCUUGCAGCCUUCCCUCCACUAUUGUCGAUGGCCCGAUUCCUGAGAAGUCCCCCCUUAUGCCUCCCCACCUGCCCCGGUCUGGGGGAUUGUGGCAGGGCCCCUGGUGCUCACCUCCUUGCAGUGGCUAAAAACGAAUGAUAGCCCCAACGCACAGUCAGGCCAUCUUGGGCCCCAUGGAUCCACAAUGGGGACCUAGAGACAAAUCAGUGUGAAGGGGGGAAGUUGGGCAGUGAAGGUACCUGACUGGUUUAUUUUCAAACCAUCCGGGGCAGUCUAGCUUUCUAGGUGGUGGAGGAGCAGGUAUGCAGUGCUGGAGAGUCAUGGAGACUGAGGGAGGGAGAAAGAGAGAGCCUUUCAGCUUUGGGAGGGUCUUCGAAGCAUCCUUAGUGGGAAUGGGUCAGUACUGGUUCUGCCAUAGCCCCAGCCCUGCAGCAAACCUCCUCAGGGCUACCCUGUCCUCAGCCCUCCCAGAAAGGCUGACCCACUGAGCUUGCUCCUUAAACAGUAUUUACCCUGCCGUGCUCAUGGGCAUUGUCAUCUCGGUUGCCCCGCCUUCCUCAGUGACAGGUCCAUUGCUGGCAGUAGACAGGUGAAAUCCUAACUCCAGCCCACUUCCAGCUCUGCCCCCUCCCUGAGUGGAGGGGUCCAUCAGAACACAGCCUUUCCCAUGGUACAUGGUCUCUUCUUGACCACACUAUGACUCUUAGGUAGAAAUCAGCCUUUCCCUUUUUAAAGAACAUUAAAAGUGAUAAUACCA